CUACGCACACGCGGGAUACAAGUCCGGCGAUUCCCUUAAUUCAUCCCCAGUCGGAGUAAGACCUUCUUGGUUGUCAGUUAAAGACACAAAAUGAACCAUCACUGUUAAUUCACCUAGUAUGGGUGCUUGCGCCUCUAAGGGAGGUCCCGACGAGGGACACGAUGCCUCGUUGCGGACGAGAGCGGCGAGCGAGAAUGGGGUCUCAUUAUCAAAACUGCUUGGCCUACCUGAGACGGGCGUCUCGGCUGAGCAAGCUGCUUGCAGCGUUUGCGCACAGAAGCGUACAAAUGUUCGGAGCGCAGGCCCGCCGUCCAGCUCCACCGGCAGCGCUAACUCAGCUGCGCGCAAUUCUCCUGGUGAAUUUGGCGUGAAGUACGCGGAUGUGGCACGGCCAGCCCAAAUUGGCUCAUUGGCAAAGGCUCGCUUAACUGACACUGCGCGACAAGAGGACAUCCCAGAAGUCAGCUGUGUUCCUGAGAAGCGUUUCAGCGGGUAUACGCAGCUGCAGGUCCAUCGCGGCUUUACUUCGCCUCGGCUGGUGCCUGCGCCACCAGGCGCCGACGGCAGGGCAGCGGCGCCGACGGCAGGGCAGUGUCCAGACUUGUCGAGCACUCGGCUUCCUUCGCUUCCUGCCUCUGACUCCACCACCGCCGCCUCCUGUCAGCCUACACUUGUAACAACCACGGCCACAACCACCAACGCCACGAACGUGGUUGCCAGCACCGUCGCAGCCAGCGGGGGCGUGGUCAGCGGGGAUGCUGAAACAGGCGACUCCGCGGACCCGUCUUCCUCAUCACCAGAGCAAUGGGUGCUCCGGUCCGGACCGCCCAUUGAGGACGACUACGCGUUGGGUCGUGUGCUGGGCCAGGGAAGCUAUGGUGUGGUGCGGCUGGCCACGCGGCUUUCCACGGGGGAACCCGUGGCGGUGAAGACCAUCCAGAAAACGGGACUGGUCUCCAACCCGACGUCGCUUUCAGCGCUGCGGCGUGAGGUGGAGAUCCUUCACCACCUAGCCGGGCACCCACACAUUGGCCAGCUGUACGGCGCAUACGAGGAUUGCAAGUGCCUGCACCUGGUGAUGGAGCUGUACGAGGGCGGUGACCUGUACGAUGCGGUGGUGGGCGUCGGCCGCCACAGCGAACGAGCAGCGGCGGAUGUAAUGCGGGCCGUGCUCACCGCCAUCGGCUACUGCCACGCUAUGGGCGUGGCGCACAGGGAUAUCAAGCCUGAGAACUUUAUGCUGUCGGCACCCACACAGCAGCAGAAGGUGGAGGCAGAGGCUGCGUCCGCAGCGGCAGGGGGCGACGGCGGCUUGGCGCUGGGCAUCGGCGCGCGGAUCAAGCUGAUAGAUUUUGGACUUUCCUGCUUCUGCGCAGACGAGUCGACGCUGCGGGACGCGGUGGGAACGAGCUAUUACGUGGCGCCCGAGGUGCUGGAGGCCAACGGCUACGGCCGCGCGGCGGACGUGUGGAGCGCCGGCAUCAUCCUGCACGUGCUGCUGUUGGGCUAUGCGCCGUUUAACGGCGCGGACGACAAGGAGAUCCAGCUGUCGGUGCUGAAGGGCGUGCCUGACUCCACUGGCGACCCGCUGUGGACGUCGCUGAGCCCCGCGGCGGUGGACACGCUGGCCGCCAUGCUGGACCGCAACCCUGCCACACGCGCCACCGCGGACCAGGUGCUGUCGUCGCCGUGGCUGGGCCGCACCGCCGCCGAGUGCACGGCGCCCAGCACGCCGCUGCCCGGCGUUGUGUCGGAGCGCCUGCGCAAGUUCGCCAAGCUCAACUCGUUGCAAAAGGAGGCCCGGCGGCUGGUGGCCACCGCCAUGCGUUCCGAGGAGGUGGCUGGGCUUCGCGCCGCGUUCAAAGCGCUUGACCUGGACGGGGACGGCAAGCUGAGCGCGGAAGAGCUGAGGGAGGGCCUUGCUCGCCAGGAGCUGCCUCGCGGUGCCCCCGUGGGCAUGGAGGCGGUGGCACCGCUGGUGCCCACGCCCCGCGGCCAGCUGCUGCGGGAGCGCGAGAUGCGGGAGCUCGUGGCCAGGUCCGACCUGGACGGCGACGGCAUGUUGGACGAGUCCGAGUUCCUGGGUGCCGCGCUGCCCACCGCCGCCAUCACACGCGCUGCCGCCGCCACUGGCGAACCCGUGGCGAUGGCGGCGCUGGCGCGCGCGUCAGUGGGCAGCGUGGGCGGCCGCAGCACCGGCACCGUCAGGCUGGCGCAGAGCCCCUUGGGGGCAGCCAGUCCGAGCGUGCACGGCGGCAGCCUCGCGGCGCCGGGCCGCGCCCGCAGCCACAACCCGCUGGCGGCGGCGUUCGCUGCGCUGGACAAGGACGGCAGUGGCUUCAUCACCGCGGACGAGAUUGAGGCGGUGCUGGCGGCGCACCACCCCAACGGCCGCGCCCACGGGCCGGACGUGCAGGCGAUGCUGGCGGCUGCGGACACGGACGCGGACGGGCGCAUCAGCUACGAGGAGUUCCUGGCCAUGCUGCUGGCGGCGGAGGACGGCGCAGGCGACUUCCUAGGCGGCGGCGGCAAUGGCGCGCCGCAGGCACCGGCGCCCGCGCACCAACCCGAGUCGCAAUCGCAGCCGCUGCCGGCGCCGGCACAGCUGCAGCAAAUAGCUGGGCCGCAGGGCCAGAAGCACCAGGCGGCGGAGGAGCAGCGGGAAGCCCACAGCCUCUCGCAGCCGCUGCCUCAGGUGGUUGCAGCUGCGCAGCCCAAGUCCCCGGUCGUGAAGGAGCCCGUGGUCUCAUGCCAAGCACCAGCAGCACCAGCAACUGCAAAGCCGCCUUUGCCGCCGGUGCAGGAGCGCAAGGCGGGUGCUGUGAACAACGGCGCCGCCGCCGUUUCUGUCGCAGCAGCAGCUCCCGGUGCAUCGAUGUCAGGCGCCCGCGAUGCGUGUGGGUCCCGCGAUAGUGCGCGCGAGGGCAGUGCAUCGGCGCGUGCUCCAUCACCUGCCACUGUCCAGAGUUCGGAGGAGGUUUCGGGCCGCCGCGGUGCAGCCACAGCCGUUUGGGUUGCGGGUAAGGGCCACGGCUACACGCAGCAGCGCAAGGGCACGCGGGCGAGCGGCGGAGGCGGAAGCGCAGUGGAGGAGGCACCGAGCCUGAGCAUUGCGGGCCUGAUGCAGACCCAGCGCAUCAGCCGCAGCAGCAGCUUGUGCAGCUGCGACUCGGUGGCAGCGGUGCGUCAGAACAGCGGCCACCUGUCGGUUGUGGAGUGGGGUGACGAGGCAGAGGAGGCGGCCGAAAUAGAGCUGAAGCGCGGCUGUGCGGCGGCAGAGAAUGCGGAGCAGGAGGCGCUACGGACUGGGUCGGCAUCGACAGCGGCGCGGCGCGGGCGCGGCAGCGCCGACCGACGGGCGCGCUGUGGACAUGCCAAGCGCUCCACCUCUGGCGCUGGAGGUGCUCAGCUUGUGUCUGAUUCCGACACGGACAUAUCGUUCGAGGAGGCGCCGGCGCACCGUGCCCGGCGCGGCGCCGGCAGCUGUGCCAGCAACGCGGUCGGGGCGGCAGCGGGCGAGGUCGCCAAGCUCCACAGCACUACCUCCAGCGACGGGGGUGAGGAGAGCGACGGCGCCGGCAUGCCUCGCCUCAUGCGGCUGUCACCCCUGCACAACGCAGGGCUGGAGGACACGGGCGGUGCCCCAGCGACGGAGGUCGCCGCUUGGCGCCAGGCGCCCAGCGGUGCUCGUACCGGUGCCGUGGGUGUCGUGGGUGCCGUCGGCCGAGGCCAGACUGGCAUGUCGGCGUCGGAGCCCCUGCCGGCAUUUCCGUACGGCCGGGCAGCAGCCGAGCCGGCGGCAGCGCUCACACACGGCGGCGGCACCGUGUCGGUGGUCCGGGCCGCGCAGGCGGCGGCGUUUGCGCUGAUGCAGGCCGACAACGCCGGCGCCGCUGGAGGCUCGCUCUUUGCGGACCUCACGUCCUUGGCGUCAACGCAGGCGGCUGCUGCCUCAGCUGACUCUGGCAGGCCCACUGCAGAUGAGGGCAGCGGCCGCUGGGCGGCGGUGCCGGCCGCGGUACGCGCGCAGCCGCCGCAGCAAUCACCCAGUGGCAGUGGCCGAUGGCGGCGCCGCAGCGCAGCCGUGGUCCUUGACAGCAGCGUCCACCGGACAGGCGCACAGGCCGCCGGCGCGUCGCGCCGCAGCGCCGGCGGUGCGCGCGCUGCCAGCAGCACUGGGCCUCACACCCCCACGCCACUGUCAGCCGGCACGCCACCGCCCGCGACGGGGGCGUCGCCAGUGGGCGGGCGCAGUUCCCCCAUGGCGGAGCGCUCCAAGCCUUCUGGGUGCUGGGUGGAGGAGGCGCUGCCGCAGCCUGCGCCGGUGCUGGCCGCGACGGAGGCCAUACGCCGGCGCGCCAGCGGCGGCGGCUUCACCGGCGGCGGCUGGCCUCCCAGGCUGUCCGCGGGCGCGGGAGUGAGCAGCAGCACGCCUGUGUCGCCGCGGCCCCCCAGCUCGGGCAACACGUGCAAGCCGCCGCCGUACCAGCAGCCGCUGCAGCAGCAGCGCAGCCAGCUCGGCAUCCAGCCGGGCGGCCCAGGCGCGGGCACAGGACCGCAGGCCGCCGGGACGGGCCCGCGCGUGUUCGCGCCCAGCCUGUCGGGCCGCCCGGCCUACGGCAACGCCGGCGGCUCGCCGAUCCUGACGGCCGCGGGCUCGCCCUGCACCACUGCCGCGCCGCGCACUGCCAGCCGGCAGUUCUCCCGCCUGCUGGGCACCUCCACGGCGGCCGUCAGCCCCAACGCGCAGGGCGCGGCGCCGCUGCUGCUCAGCACGGAUGUCGGUCUGCCGUACAGCCGCGGUGCCAGCCGCCAGCUGUCGUGCGGGCUGGGCGGCGCGGGCGGUAGCCGGGAUCCCCUGAGCGUCGUCAGCGCCGCGACAGCAGCCGUGGGCACGGGCGACCGGCCCCGGAUGAAGUUGCACGCGCUGAUGCUGACGGAGCCGGAUGAGCUUAUGUUGUCGGGCCCGGCAGUGAUGUCGCCGGGCUCUCGCGCACGCUCCCUUGCGGCUGUCUCCGCCAGUGGUCUGGCGGCCUCGCGCAACGCCCACACCGCCGCCGCCGCUAUAGUGCCGUCGGCCGCUGCAAUAGCGGCUGCGUAUGCCUCCGCGCCGCUGCGAGCCAGCUUCACCCGCUUUGGUGGUGGCAGCGGCAGCGAGGAUGAGGUCGUUCACACUCUGGACGAGGCAGACGCGGACGAGGGCCCGGGCAACUUCUGCGGCGGCGGUGCCGCGUACGCCGGCCCGGGUGCGGCGCCGGUGUACGACGCCCGUCAGCGCCGCCGCAGCACUGGCAGCAGCUACACCAAGCCGAUCUCGCAGCUGCAGGCGCCCCACGUACCCGCCACCGCCGCUGCAUCGCCGCGCUCCGUCACCGGCCUGCAGCCGCACCCGCCUGUAAGCCAGCGCGGCACGGGUGCGGGCUCGCCGGCGCUGGGCAUGGCCAUGUUGCUCCAUGCGCCUCAUCAGCCGCACGCGCCGCACUCGCCACACCACCCAGUGGCCGUGUCGCCGCGCGGCACGGGCGGCGGCAUGCACCACCAGCACCAGCACCACCAGCACUCGCACCAGCUGUCGCACCUGCGCCUGUCGGAGGUGGGUCUGGAGAUGCAGACCAUGUCGCGCUGCGGCUCCACUUCACGGAACAUGAGCGUGGACGCCACGGGCACGCCCACCGCCCGGCCCGGGCCGCGGCCGUGGGACCUGGCGACUGAGACGCUUGAGGAGUGCGCGGAGGGCGAGGAGGACCCGGACCUCCUGGACUCGGCGCGAGGCGGCAACCCACUGGACGGGCUGCUGGGGUCGCUCAUGCCCGACCGAGUGCCGGCGGCGUUGGGGGUGCUGCGCAGCCAUGGGGUUGCUGCGGCGGCGGCAGAGGUGGCCAAGCCAGCGCAGGCGGGCGGCAGUCGGCGCAGCGCUGCAGGUGUGGGUGGAGGUGUGGGCGCGGACCGGAGCGCCCACGGCCCGGAGCUCGGCACUGGCGGCCAGCCCCCGCUAAACCUCAGCGGCCCUGGCCCAGCGUCUGGCGGGCUGAGUAGCCUCAUGUCGACCUUCAAAUGAUCAGGAGCAUUGGGGAUUUAGGUGGUGUGCUGCAGAUGGCGACAAGGUCGCGCCGGGAUGCGCGGCCCUUGAUUCGUGAAAAACCCAAUUCUUGUUUGUUGGGGAGGAUGUGCCUGCUUCCCAAAACCACGUGAUGUUCUUUACGACCUUGAUUGCAACUGGAAAAGUGCUAUCAAGGGAAUGUCACACAAGCGAGUUCUUACUUCCUUGCUCAGGGCCGCGUGGCCCGCUUCUUUGCUUUGGGCAUCGAUAGCCCUGGGCCGCAAUAAAGUGCUUACGACGCAAGCGCGUCGACGGAUUCCUGGAGAUGACUGGGGUCACGUGGGCACGCCUAGUGUCAAUUCACAAUAAAUUAUGCCCCCUGGCCCAAUCAACGCGAGCUGGCUGAGAUGCCUGGCUGCGAUUGGUGCUGCACUGGUUUUCUCCGCGCAGCCCAGACACUAUUUGUGGUUAUGCAGCAAGCACUACGAUGCCAGUCAUGCCACACACCUGCGCGAUGCAUGCCCGCAACCCUUGCGGGCAACCUUGUAUGCAUUCUCUCUUGGGGUUUGACGGACUCGAGGGAUGAUAGACGCGCACAUGGCGCAACACGUGCUUUCUAAUGCUGGAACGACGAUGUGGUACCUUGUCAGUCGAGUGGCUGCCGCUGUUUGGCAUUGUGGUGACUCCGACGCUCAGGUCACGCCACCGCCGGGUGAGGGGCAGGUCGGAUUCGUGGUCUAAGAAGUGGUGACAGGCGGACUGCUUUGCCUUGCCUUGUAGUUGUAAGCCUGCAGUAACGCCAUGACAGCGGGACGCGGCUGGACGCAUGGGCUGGCGGUGCCUGUACAAACCGCCCCCGGCUAUGCCUCGGAGAUGAGGCAGAUGCUUGCGGCCUCAGACGGGAGACAUGGCGUGGGCGCAGCCCAAUUGUUGGUAUAUUAAGGCUGCUUGAGGAGCAUCGCAAAGGAUUCGGACAUUUGCAGACGGGUUGCGCUGCCUGAUGCGAUACUGGACUCCUGGCGCGCGCGGUUUGGGGAAGUGGUUUGACAGGGGCCGGACAGAGUGGCGACGUUCGGGUGACACGUAGCGAGUGGAAGUGUUUCACGGCGAGAGUUCCACCAGCAUGAGCAGGUGGAAGUGGUGCGUACGGUGCAGAGGAAAGCGGUCGAGAAGGAGAUUGAAAGAACCGUUUGGGCCACGGCCUAGCGACAUGGUCGUGGGCAACGGGUCCAGGGGACAUCCACAUGAAGAGCCUGGUGGUGUGGGUUACGGGAGCGUGCCCGUAUCCACUGCAACGUCCAAAGCCCA